CAAGAACAUGAGUUGCUUGGCUUGCUGCCCCAUUUCCACUGCGUAGUACUAUCCCAGAACUCGCGGUGGUCCAGUAUCUUCCUUCACUGCCCUCUUCCUAAAGGUAUGUAUGUACUCUCUCUCUCUCUCUCUCUCUCUCUCUCCCCAAAAAUAAUAUUCGUAUGCUAUGGCUACUUCACUUGCCGCCGCCGCCCAUCUCAGGCCGCCCCUUUUAUCUCAACUUCCCCCACUCUUCACUCUCAGACCCAAGGUUUUUAAUCAGCCCAGAAGAUUUAUAUCAAGAACUAGCGUGAUGGCGUCCAAAGAAUCUGCUGACAACAAUCCAGGACUCCAAGCUUCUCUGGAUGAGGCCACCAAAGGCUAUUUCUUGCAGCAAACUAUGCUUCGGGUGAAGGACCCAAAAGUCAGUCUUGACUUCUACUCUCGAAUAUUGGGGAUGUCGUUGCUUAAGAGGCUGGAUUUUGAGGAGUUGAAGUUUACCUUGUACUUCUUGGGAUAUGAGGACACUUCGUCAGCUCCCAGUGAUCCCAUUGAGCGCACAACCUGGACAUUUAGUCAAAAAGCUACGCUCGAGCUUACGCAUAACUGGGGUACUGAAUCUGAUCCUGAAUUCAAGGGUCAUCAUAAUGGAAACUCGGAACCUCGUGGUUUUGGACACAUAGGUAUUACUGUCGAUGAUGUAUACAAGGCAUGCAAGAGAUUUGAGAGUUUAGGGGUGGAGUUUGUGAAGAAACCUGAUGACGGAAAAAUAAAGGACAUAGCAUUCAUCAAGGAUCCUGAUGGCUACUGGAUUGAAAUCUUCGACACUAAAACAAUUGCCAAAACAACUUCUAAGGCUGCUGUUUGAUCUUAUGAGCAUAUGCCAGGUACCUACAGGAGAUGAUUGCGAUAGUGGAUGUUUUUGGUCGUUCCAAUGCUCCCAUCUUGCCGAUGAAGCUUUUCUCCAAGACAAAAAUAAAAACCAAUCUGUUUUGAUGAGACCGGGCUGUGUGUUUUGUCAUCUUAGACCAGAAAUGCUGCACCAGUUGCUACUUGAUAAUUGAAUCAAUGCUACUUUGAAAUUCUAUGAGAUAUGCUGUUUGUUUUCUGGUGAUC